UACCCCACACCCAUCUCAGUGAUGCAGCACCACCGUUGUGCCACACUGAGCAUCGCUCUGCGGUGGCAGAGCUGUGACGACACUGCACAGAGGGCUGCACGAACACACGGUGUGCGCCUGUGGCAGGGGAGAGCUACCCCAAAUACCAACACCGGGCCUCAACACCGUAGACAAACUGUGCCAUAGGAUGUCAGAGUGGUGUCUGCAUGCAGAGACACCAUCAGAGGGCACUGGGGGACCAUCUCCUGCUACAGGGCACGGGACAGGAGCGAUGCAGCGCCUUUAAAGUUUAUUUCCGAGGUUUGGGGAGUGGUGACGAGUGUUUGGUUUUGGUUUUUUUUUUUGUUUUUUUUUUUUUUCUGGAGUCUCACAAAUGACAAAGGAAAGGAGACGGGAAGGAGGAAUGAGGGGCAAAGCAGAAAUCCUGCAUGCUGCUGUCAAGAUGACUACGACAGGACUGUAUAAAAUGGGUGAUGGAAACAACUAUGCAACUAACUGCUUCCCUGCCAGGAACAUUUUGUGUGCAAGGUCUGGGCGCUGGGUGCUGGCACACAGGGCUGCUCUGAGGGCUUGGACUGGGAAGGGGACCGCUGGGAAGAGACCACAACAGAGGAGAAAGCCCCCAGAGUCUGCCUUCAUGGAAGAAAAUAAUGAAGACAAUGUCCUUGAUGAGCCAUUUCUGAUGAAGCACCACUGUUUGAAGAACCCCUCCGACCUGUGCUCUGUGAACAUAAGCAGCCAAAAUCUGGUCUCUGCUAAAGAAGAUGACUUUGAGAAAUUUGAUUGUGUUGCUUUUAUAAAUGCUGCUGAGAACCUGCUGACGCUAGAGCCGUUUCGGAAGUUUCCAGGGCUGCGGGAACUGGAACUUUCCUUGAACGGACUAAGAAAUCUGAAAAUCACUGCUGGAGACUUCCUGCAUUUGGAAGAUCUGGAUCUCUCCUAUAAUAACUUGUCCCCCCAGGACAUUUGGACAUUGGGAGAUUUGUCCCAGCUCAAAGUCCUUUGCUUGACGGCCAACGGGCUUCGGUCCCUGCCUCUGGACCUGGCAGGCUCGUGGGACUCUGCUCAUUUAAGGUUUCCAUCUCUGGAGGUCUUGUCGCUGGAUGACAAUCGUCUGUCAGACCCGAGUGUCUUUGUGAGCCUGUCUCAACUCUGCAGCCUGAGGGAGCUGAAUCUGGACAGGAACGGGAUUUCAGCUGUCCCCUACAUGCACCAAGCAGAGAGCAGGCAGUUCUUCCUCCACCCCGCGCUGGACGGCGACAGCUUUAGGGCAGAGUGGUACAAGUCCCUGAGCAGCUUCUGGCAGCAAUCCCGGCCACCGCAGCAGGAGGACACGGAGGUGCCAGCAGAGCUGGAAGUGAAGAAAGGACAGCUUGAGUAUGUCGUGUUACAGAGCGAGGGGGAUCCGGACAGGAUGGAGAUUGUUUUUAACUCUGGCCCUCAGGAACACCCAGUGCUGGUUGCUCCCAGGGAGGGAGAACUAUCUGUCUCCAAGACUCUGCCAGCUCCCUCCAUGUGCCGGGGUGUUUGUGCUCCCUUUCCUGUACUGAAGCAUCUCAGCUUGGCCUUCAACAAGAUCGCAGAUGAGACAGCUCUCUUACCUGUGGCUUUCUUCCCGUGCCUGAAGGAGCUGACGUUUCACAACAACCCUCUUACCACCACCCGAAGCGGGCAGCCGCCUCUGCUGAGCCGACUCCUCCAGCACAAUCUGGGGAUUAAACUUGUCCGACAGAAGAGCCUCGCCGCGGAGAGGCGGCACUUCUCCAUCCCUCUCCAAGCCAGCCGCAAGGUCACGUCGCGUCUCCCCAAAGUCACGAAGCGGCCGCUGAUGCUGGAAUCUCCUGCCAGCCCCUCUCUGUGGAAACUGCUCCCAGCUGUGGUGGAGGCUACGAGAAAUGCUGCACCUCCCAGCCCGGCCCAGCCGCUGACCCCCAGCAGCUCCGGGACCGCAGCCGGCAGCCAGUGGCCGGUGCUGGGGACAGGGGAAGAUGACUCCAGGCCUCCUCCUGGCUCAGCUGAAGAAGACAUCGCAUCCUUCUUCAUGACGCAGGUGGAGGAGGUGCCCAGACCCCUGUCGAGACCCACGGCAAAGGACGGGCUGGAGAAGAUGAGUGAGGAGAGCGGGGAAGGAAGCUCCCAGGUGAUUCCGGAGCGAUACAAAGGCUACGAGGAGCUCCUCGGUGGAGACACAGACCCAGAUUUUAUCGAGCCAGUUGGGAUACAGAAGAACGUGCAGGCGCUGUACUAUAUCCUGAAUCACCCCCUGGUUUACCGGGAUGCCACGCCACGACUGGACAGCAUGCAGAAGCCCUACGUGCCUCGGAAAAAGCGUGGGAGGAUGCCCGGCCCUGCUACCCGAAAGACAAGAGCAGAGAUCCUGGAAGGAAUCCUGAUGGCCAUGAGAAACACCUCAACCAUCACAGAGGUGCCCCUGGCUUCUGUUUUGCAAAAGAAGAAAUCCAACCCCAGGGCGUACCGGGAGGCGCGGAGGCUGAUGGAGGAAUUCCGGGAGGUGUUCGAGAUCCUCCGCGUGACCGUGGGCGAGGAGGAGGCCAAGCUGUCGGAUGAGGUGCAGGUGGUAAAAGCCCCUCUCACAGAGGUGACGUCCAAGCAGGGGAGCCCCAAAAAGCUACAGCUGCUAGGGAAGAGCACGGCCAAGAAGGUGCCCAAAGUCCAGUAAGCAGCAUAGCCAGGAAUUGAAUAAAACAUCCCACACUUUGGUCCUCUUGGAUAAAAUAUGCUAUUUUGUAACCCGUUUGGAACCAUUUUUCCCCUCCUGAAGUUGGAAAAUCCAGCGUGGCGACAAGAUUCUGCUCAGGUUUUCAGGCAGCGCCUCCCAGCUUGAAAGCACCAAUCCAGCCCCAACGCUGCAAUGCCAGAGCACGCGAAAAACGCGUCUGCUCGUUGUUGUGCUCUGCAGAAAAUAAGGUGUGUGCUCACCCAUCCCCGUGCAAAAACUGGCUUGUAAGGAAAAACUACUGCACCCUCUGGGCAUUGUUUGGGGAAGAAAUGGAAAGGGUGGAAAGCGCGACCGCCCUGGCACAGCUCACGAUGGGGCUCUGCCCGUGUUGUACGAGGGGGUGAGCAGCAACCCCACUGCCCUGACCGAGCUCCCCGGUCCCAGCAUCUGUCUGUCCCGCAGCCAAACGCUGGGGAAACCCCAUUUUGUGCUGGGGCAGCUCUGAGCACGCAGCCCAUCCCGCCGCAGGGAUGGGCCCCAGCAGCCAGACCUGAGGGUACCCAGGGAGCCAAGCUGAGCAGAAAAUACUUACUAAAAACCUAAAUCCAUCCCCUGGGCUGGCAGCCCUAAAAACCAGCAGCCAGAGGGGUUGGGACAAGGCGAUGGAGGAUGCUUGCUUCCCACUGGCCGCCUACUUACAUGAAAAAUAUGGUAUUAUCCUCAACUAUCCCUUUUUUUUUUUUCCCCUACAAAACAUCAAUCAACAACCUCAUUCAGCCAGGGGCCACUGUAACCCAGUUGACAUAGGCAGCAGUAGGAUCCUGCUUGUUUCCAAGCGCAGCAACUUGAGCAGAAACAGGUAGUUCACUGUCAGAACCUGGUUUUAUUCUGUUUUAACCUCGGCCUUUGUCCUGCAGUUAAAGUCCUCGUUGCUGUUAAAAUGUACAUGUUAUUUGUACACAGUUGGCAUUUUUCUGGUUUGUGACAAUUUUUUCACAAGCAGGAUUUACUCUGUUCCAAAUAACAGAAGCCACAACAUGACAGACGCCUGCAUGUCAUUUUACCCACACAUUUUACACAUGCAAGUCAAGAGUCCUUCAGUAACUUCCAUCGUUUUUUUAAAACAGUCAGAUGAAGCCACGUUGGUUCAGCUGAGACCCAAAACGACCGUAGUCUUUCACCGCCCUGGUGCUCCGCUGGCGAGCUGAGGAGAACACGAAAGCACAACAAUUUAAAGCAUUAUCAGAAAAAAAAAAGCGUAGCAACACCUAGUUUUGUUUCAAACAGUUUGACAAGUAAACACCAAGGAAACCAGGCAUACACAACCCCCCUCUGUAACCAGCUGAAGGUUUUUCUGUUUGCAUAGUGAAGAGCUAAUUCUAGAGCUGCUGCUUCGCGGUGUUUUACAGACACGGGGAAGAGAAAGGUUUGUGUCCGAUGCGUGCGACAGGCGGGGCUCAUCCCAGCUUCCGCUCAAAACCAGUCUCACGUCCCAGUUCCACCCAGCUGCCAGCCACGCGGACGCCUCGGGGCCCCGUCACGGUGCCACGCGAGACCGUCGCGUCCAAGUUGUUAAGUUUUUGUUAAAACUUCCACCCCCCCCAACCCCUCCCCGUGCACGGGACAAGCUCCUCGUCAGCCUUUGGCCGGACAACUGGGAGAGGGCACAGGGCUUGGCGGGUCCGGGCGCAGCCCUGGGGUUUGUCCUCAGAGCAUGGCUAAAGGCUUGUUUUUAAAAUCAGUGAUAGUCUUUAAGGCUUCAACCUCCCCCUUUGCUUUCGUUGAGAAAAUACAAAGAAGCGCUUGUUCAAGCUACACUUCAUGACUACUGUGCACUGCAUGUACAAUAGCAUUUGAAGAAAAAUACUGACGAUAUAGAACAACAUUAUACAAUCAUCUGGCAUGAUCCCUUCUUUUGGCACUUUUCCUUCAUUUAUCUGAUCUCACUGACUCCAAACACGGCCCUUUCCGUACGGCUUUUCCCGGGCAGAGAGCUCCGGAGGGUCAGAAAGCAACUUUCCGGAGUCGGUGGCAUCUUUGGCAGACACGGUCCUUCUGUCGUCAAACCAACCCCAGCCCCUCCAGCGCUACCGGCAGUGCAAGCUCUUAACCUGAUUUUUUUUUUUUUUUUUUCCCCUUUUCUUA